UUUUCUUGAAGGGACAAAAACAAACUUUUGAAUAAUCUUUUUACGGAAAUUUAACACUUAAAUGAAAAAGGAAACUGAAGGUUAUCACCUGAAACAUACUGUUUAUCCCGGAAAUGGAGCAAGUUAAGCUAUUAGUGCAAGAACAAGGUCGUGAGGCAAGGAACUUACUGGCAUUCAAUAUAUCUGCAGAAAAAGAAACUUUCAGAACUAAGGUCUCUCGAAAGCCUCCCUGUCCUCCUAGGAUUUUAGAAUCUCCUCCAGCCACCAAAACUGCUUUAAUUCGUGGAAGAACUGGGGCUCGAGUAAGAUCGGCUUCUACUGGACGAGACAAGAGAUCAGAAUUGAGGGCUAGGUAUUGGGCUCUUCUUUUUGGUAACUUGCAGAGAUCUAUUGCUGAGAUAUAUAAUACUGUUGAAACACAUGAAAGUCUCACAGAAUGCCAAGAAGUUCUUUUAGUCCUUGAAAAUUACCUGAGAGAUUUUGGUGCUCUAGCAGACUGGUUUCGCCUUAAAUGGGAUUAUGAAAAUACUCCCGCCUUACAAAGACCUACCUCUGUCGCAUGGGAUAUUUGCAAAACAAACCUGGCCAAAUCUACUCGUUCUGGAAAAUCAAGUCCCAAUCUUGGUUCUGGUAGAAAUAGCCCCAAUGUGUCUGGAAAAAUGAGCCCAAGAAUUUUGCACUCAAAAUCUAAACCGUCCAAUUCAUGCCCUACCAGUCCUCUACCUUGCAUAGAUCAACCAAUAUUUGAGGGAAAAACUUUGGAAACAUCUCCACUGCUCAAUGCACAAGAAGAUUCAAAUAGAGUUGGUGAGUUAGAACAUGAGGUCAUUGAUGCUAAUGCUGAAGUAAUGCCUGAAUUAAAAAAUGAAGUGGAUUCAAAGAAUGGUAAAGGAGCAUGUAAACAAAUAAGUAAUGAGAUUUCAACUAUGGCAAUACCAAAUACCAGUCCUAUGAAUCAGACUAUUGUCUUUAAUGAAGAUAUUCUUGAAAAUAUAAAAACUCAGAUACCAGAUAAAAAAACUGUUUGUGAACUGGCUGCAGAGGAAUCUAAACAAACUGAGACUGUAUUACCAAAUAAAAUCAACAUGGAGAAGUUAGAAAUCGAUGCUCAUUCAUCAAAAACCGGUAAUGAAGUGGAUUCCAAAUCUAAAUUAAUUGAAAACAGUGCCAGUACUUCUAAAUCAUCAAAAAAAUUUGAAUCUCACAAGAAGAAAGUUGAUGAUCCAAAAAGUACUGAUCAUAAAUCUAAGAUGUUACCAAAAUCAAGUUUUAAACUCAGUAUUAAAUCUGAUAAAACUUCUCAGCCAAAAGUUAAGCCUGUUGAAACAUCCAAAUCAAAUGUGAAUGUUAAGAAAAUUAGUACCGACAAACUGAAUAUGAAGGAAGACGUGUCAUCAACCAAUAUUACAUCAUUAGAUAACAAACAACCUGCCAAUGUUAAUACAAUAAAUACUGAAAUGAAUACUGAACCAGGUACAGUCAAACAAAGCCUACAACUCGAUUUGGAAACUAAAAACACACCGGUAGUAACUCCCACACUAAAGAAUAUUGAUUCACCCAGUGAGGAUCAGAGAACUUAUGAUGUGUUGAGAAAACUAGGAGUACAGAGUGCAGAGAAAAGUACAUGCACAGAUGAUGACUUUCCAAAAUUACCGGUUAGAAGGUCCAAUAUAGUUAAAGUGAAUCAGGAAUGUCAGACUGAGGAAAACGAGAAAAGAGCUACAGCGGUUUUACCUAAAAAUACCAUGAAAGUAGACAUUAAAACCAGCAGGCCUGUUACAAUGGCACGUCCUGCAUAUGCCACUGCUUUAACAAAAAGUUCCUCAGCUAAGAUUGUUACUCCAAGACCGAAAGUAGAAUUGAAGCCAGCAUCAAUAACAAAUCGAAAUAGUGCUAAUAUUAAACCCAUUAAAACCUUUUCAAGCAGGAAUCCUUCUACAGGUAGAAAUGUUCCCGAGAAAAAUAUCCUUGCUAGAAGUAAAACAGUCAGUGACAUGAAGAGUACAGCUCCUAUGAGUACUUUCAGCUCUCGUAAUAGAAUGUUACCAAAAACAAAGUCCAUCCAACAUACACCAAAUCUGAAAUCUCCAAUGUUAACAAAGAGUAAGACUACUGUAACUAAAGAACAUUUAACAAAGUCCUUAUCCCUAAACGAAUAUGCGAGCUCCGUGGAGACUUUAGUCAAUCAAGAUAGGUCAGCAAAUGUAACAAAUUCUAGUAAUAGCAUUGCUAGUUCAUCAGAGACACUGAACAAUGAUAAUGUUAGAAGUGAACCUGCUGAUGGUUGGUUGACAGUUAAGUGCAGGUCGAGGUUCAAAAACAAUAGCAAGCCCAGGAGAUCUGAUACUGCUUUAUCUUGGGCAACUAGAUUUCAUCAGGUUAGUGCUACAGCCAGUUUACCAGCUCUAGCACUUCUACCUGAGACCUCUAUUGACUCUACCAAACCCCCAAAAUCUAUUGAAAAAAGUGUUAAAGAGAAUUUGAACAACUUGAAGUCAUUGAAAAAUGUCUCAGACCAUAAGGUCGUACUACGAAGGUCCAACACGACCAUGUCUAAAAUCACUGUUAACAAGAACUCCAUCCAAGAAAAAAACAAAACUAACCUUCAAAUCAAGCGGUCCUCAGACCGCGAGAGGUUUCAAGAGGAUAUAAAAAAAAUGUCAGAUGUUGAUUCUGAAACGGACGAUGAAAUGAAACUGAAAGACAUGCAGGAUGAAAUGGCUACCGAAGCAGAGCACAGGAUGAAAGCAAAACAACUAUCGGAGGAAGAAGACAGACUUACUAAGGAGAUUGAGCAUUUGCAAGGGUUGGAGAUUGAAAUAGAUACAGAAACUGAUGGUACAGAAACUGAUGGAGAUGAGCUGCAGGGGGAUAAUGAUGAAGAUGGAGAUGGCACAAUAACGAAUGUCGAUGAUGAUGAGAUGUCAUUAGAGGCGAGAUAUGAACCAAUGCUGGCAGAGAUGUCAUGGAGUGAAAGAAUUGAUACUUUAGCUGCCUUAGAAGCCCUGAAUGCUAGACAUCCAGGUAGAGCUUUGAAGCUCCACCAGAAACUAUCCAAUCCAGCUAGAAAAAGUAGCCUUACAGAAACUGUCAGGAAGUAUCAAGCCAAACAGGCAAGAGCACAGCAAAGACGACAAGAUCUACAGUAUGAAAAAACUCAAAAGCUGCAGACAUUACUUGCCAGAGUGGAAGAUGUUAAGGCUGCUAAGUUGCAAUUGAUCGAAGAAAAGCGAAAGAGAAUGGAAUUGAGGCACGACUUCUUGCAGUCCUGUAAAGAACAGAGGGGUCGCAUACAGGGUAUUCAAGAGGACAGAAGGAAGAGGCAGGAAGAGAAGGCAGCUAAGGAAGCUGCCGUAGAAGAAAGAAGGAAAGCUUUAGAGAAAGAGAGACUGGAGAGGUUGGACAGGCUCCAGGAUGAGCGACGCCAGAGAGACAAAAGAAUAGGACAGCAGCAACAACAGAGGGAACGUGAGAGACAAGAGUUGGCUAGGGAAAAGGCUAGAGACAGAGAGGAACGGUUGUCUGCCCUUCACGAAAAGCAACUAGCAUCAACGCAGGAGCUUCAGAAACGAAUCGAACAGAAACAAGAAGAUUCUAAAAGGAGGCACGAUGAGAAUAUGGAACAGAUCAGACAGAGAGCAUUAGAAUUGUCUAUUCAUCGAUGCCAGAACGAUGAUAAUCAAGCUCCAAAUAUGGUCCCAUAUCCAACCCAAAAGCUGUGCACUGUUUGUAAUGUAUUGAUCAAAUCAGAGGUGUACCUCAUGAGUCAUUUGCGGGGUCGUAUGCACCAGGAAGCUGUAAAACAGGCAAAUCUCACCCCGAGUGAUGUCGAACAGUACAACCUGACUCAAAUCGUAGAAGCACCUGCUGGCAAGGAAGAUCCUAAAAUCACUGCUGCUAAAGAACGUGGCAAAACUCAUAGAAAACGUUGCAAGAAAAUCAGACAACGUAUGGCAACAAGAGCGGCUGAAUAUGAAACAGGUUAUAAACCCGACGUGUUGGACGGCACAAACAAGAGAAGUCUCAAUAGGAGUAUCAACACCAUUGGCUCUAUAACCAGUCAGGCGAGUCAGGGUUUGUCUCCUGCCAGUUCGAGCCAGCUUGAUAGGAUAUUGAAUGAACUGACCCGACUGCUAAGCAAGGGCAUCAAAAAUGAUCUGUUAGUUUUCCAGAGUGUAGGAGGAUUUGCCGUUUUGGGAAAAUUGCUUGCUUUGGGGCAAGAUGGAAAUACAUCAAUCUCUACCAAAACCCUGAUUAUAUGCUGCAAUUUAUGGCAAACAGCUUGUAAAGGGGUAGACGGUAUGAAUAAUUGUGAAUAUGUUAUUCUCUCAAAUCGGUUGGUACCAGUUAUUGAUCUUCUAAAUACCCGAUUGUUGGGAUUGGAUGAUUUUGAAAAUAAUCUUCCCGCAGAACCACUUUGUACUGCCCUCAUGCAGCUUUUUGCUACCGUUCUUCAGAAUGCUCCCAAGGAGACUCCUGCCAAUCGAAUACAUGAUAUCGUAAGCUUUUCGGUGUGUGUUGGUGUUGUGGAACAACUGGCUCGGUGCUGCUUAUCUGUGAGGGGACCAGUACACGACAUACCUCCCGCAUGCGCCUUUUUGUUGGCUGCGUUAGAGUUUUUGGCUGCACUAGCCGAUCAUUGCCCGGAAGAUUCUGAUCCAACACAUCUGGUAAGCACUCUGCAUGGCACCGAACUUCUAGGCUGUGUUUCCAUGUUAUACGGAUCUCUUCUACCGCCUGAUUCAACGCCCAGGGUUGAAGGUCAGUUGCCUCCAGUGAUACCAGGUCCAUGUCUGAGUUUGGCAUCUGUAACUUUCAAUUUGUUGAGGAGAGUCGCCGAGCUCGAUCUGAAGAAAUUCCAGGAGGUGCUCGGAGCAGAAGGAAUAUCUCUUCAGUUCAGACAUAUUUGCAGUCACCUUCUCUGGUGUUGCGCUUCUCCAACCUGUUCGAAAACCCACGGAAAAGAAGAUUCCGACACCGAUAUUGCUUAUCAGGAUCUUCUGCAUCAAGUUAUAAUAGUCACUGGUUAUUUUGCUAUAGAAAACAACGAAAACCAG